AUGCCGCCAAUUUCCUACGUUUUCUGCGCUUUUCUCGCGCUGGAAGCCGUGUACGGAUGGCCAGAACAGGACAAGAUCGGCAGCCUGCCGCUCGUCAACUUCACCGUGAAUUUCCAGCAGUAUUCGGGCUACCUGCAGGCAUCUGACACCCACAAGUUCCACUAUUGGUUCACGUUUUCACAGCACGACUACACGAAAGAUCCGGUGCUGCUGUGGCUCAAUGGGGGCCCCGGAUGUUCCUCGCUCGAAGGCCUACUCGAAGAACUUGGACCUUUUAGGAUCGGCAACAAUGGAAACGUCGUCUACGCAAACCCGUACAGCUGGAAUAAGUUUGCCUCUGUGCUGUUCGUGGAAUCGCCGGCCGGCGUCGGCUUCUCCUAUACAACCGACGAUGAUUUGGCCACCGACGACGAUGAAGUUGCCAAGGAUAAUUAUAAUGCUUUGAUCGACUUUUUCAACAAGUUCCCCGACUUCCGCGGACGAGACUUUUACAUCAGCGGCGAGUCGUACGCCGGCGUGUAUUUGCCGAUGCUGGGCGCAAAGAUCGUCAACGACACGGUCAAUUUUCCCAAUUUCAAGGGAAUGGCCAUCGGCAAUGGGGCCCUGAACUGGCCGAAUAAUUACGAUACGAUGGUUCCGCUGUACUACUAUCACGCGCUGGUGCGCCAGGACCUUUGGGACACGAUCUCGGUGAAAUGCUGCAACCAGUCGAUGCUCGACUGCAACGUCUUCGGCCUGUUCGGCAGCAAUCCGGAGUGCAAGCAGCUGCUCAUCGAGUUGUUGGACGGGACGGACCCGCUGGACCCAUACAACCUCUACAACACUUGCUAUCUGGACGGAUCGAUGCAGGGCAAAAAAGCCCAUAUCCACCGGAUGUUCCGCAAAAUGGCCGGACUAGCGCCGGCAAAACCGAAGACGAGUAGAGCCUACGUGCCACAAUGCGCACAAGUCAACAACACCCAGAUCUACCUGGCUCGCCGAGAUGUUCGACAGGCUUUGCAUAUACCGGGGCUGUUGCCGGAUUGGGAGGAGUGCAGCGAUCCAGUCUCCCGUGAAUACAGCGUCACCCACUUCGACAUGACCCCCGAAUUCACGCAAGUCAAUAAGGCGGCCCGUAUUUUGGUGUAUAACGGAGACGUGGACACCGUCUGCAACCACAUGAUGAACCAGAAUUUCUUGACAAAACUCGGCCGGAAGACUGUGGGCCCCCAAAUCGUGAAUAAACCGUGGUUCUACGCCCUCGAAACCCCAAAUGUCGCCGGUUUCGUCACCCAAUACGAAGGAAACAUUGACUACGUGACGAUCCGUGGUUCCGGUCAUUUCGUACCGCAGGACAAGCCGCGCGAGGCCUUCCAAAUGAUGUACAACUGGAUCAACGGCCUCGACUACAGUACCCCGGUGCCCAGAUUGUUG